AUGGCUCCUGGCUCCUUCCCAAGAUUUGACCGGGUCAAAAUCUCCUUGCUACUUUCCAAGCUCCCACUUUCUCUGUUUCUGUUCCUCUCCCCCACUCUCUCUCUCUCUCUCUCUCUCCUCCAUCUUUGCCCCUCUCUCUCUCUCUCUAUCAUUGGCGUCCACCACCGUUUCGGCAACAAGUGGGCCACCAUCGCUCGCCUCCUCUCCGGCCGCACCGGCAACGCCAUCAACAACCACUGGAACUCCACCCUCAAGCGCAAGUACGUGCCCCCGGCCGCCGCGGGGAUCGACUCCGCCGCCGCCGCGCCGGAUUUCGGAGACGACGAGGCGCCGCCGCCGCGGUUGCCAAAGCGGGCCAGCAGNGCGGGGCUCUGCCUCAGCCCCGACAGCCCCUCCGGCUCGGAUCUCAGCGACUCCACCCACCACACCCACCCAUUCGCCGCUUCGUCGCUGAGAAAGGCGGCGGCAGCGCAUGUGUACCGGCCGUUGCCGAGAACACCUGCUCCUCAAUCGCCCUCCUGAUCGACCGCAUCAGCUCCUCGAUCGCCCUUUUGGGCAUGUAAUUUUUAAUAACAUUAUAAUUUUUAAUGUUAUUAAAAAUGGUAUUGAUGGUUUGUGUGAUUUAAAUUAGUGGGGAGUAAUAAUUUAUUAUAAUUUAUGGCAUGUAGCAUGGUAAGAAUAUAUGCAUGUGUUGUUAUUUAUUCUCUGUGAGUACAAAUUAUUAAUAUUUAUAUAGUAUAUUAUGAAUGCUUGAAUACCA